UAUAACCGUAAUGCAAUGAGUUGCUAUAGCAACAAGCUGAAACAUUAAGCGCUUAAUCUGUUUUUUUCUAAACGAGUGGUAGCCUAAAAAUUAUAUUUUCUCAGUUUUUGAACUUAAAACUCUUUACGAAAAAAUAGGAAUUUGUAUGGAAAUUUUUUAUUUUAUUCGGAGUAUUUACCUUUUUCUUUAUUUGCAAAUUGAGCACACGGAGUUCAAGAAGGGAUAGUUCCAUUUUAUUGAUUUGAAAUGCUUUGAACUGAAUACUUUCAAGUAUACAAAGUUAAACUUUCUGUGCUAGUCAAACGGUGCAGACUGUUGUAUGACAUUCGUUAUAGUUAUUACUUCAUUUGAGUGUUUGCCGUGUAGAUUAAAUAAUUAUCCUUGUGAACUGAAUAAAAUAAUAAUUCAAAAUGAAGAACCUUCUUAAAAAUUUAGCAGCCGUUACUGUUACCUUUAAAAUGGCUUUUGAUGAAAUAAAGAAAAAUAAAAUUAUGAACACAUUUGAAAAAGAAUUCAAUGAAGUUGUUGACAUUUUAGAAAAAGCUUCUGAGUCUCAUCAGAAGCUUUUAAAUCAAAUCCAAGAGCUCACUGCUAAGCUUGCCAUUAAUGAGGCGAAUCUUUUUGAAGCUAAUGCCGAAUGUUGUGAAAAAGAAAAGACUCAUGCCACUAUAAAACAGGAUUUAAUUAAAGCUUGCAAAUGUAUUGAAGAUUUAAAGGAAAAGGAAACUAAAUAUAAAGAAACUAUUCAAAAAUUAGAUGAGCAGAUUUCAAAUCUUAUUGCUGAAAGAGAUAAUGCAAUUCCUGAAAAAGAAAAGGCAUUUGAAUUAGAAGCAGAAAGAGAACGGAAAUUACUCAAUUCAAGAAUUUCACAAUUGGAAAACGAUUUAAAAGUAAAAGAAGAUACUGAAAUUGAAAUAAAGAAUAAAUUAAUGGAAACAAUGGAUGCUAUGCAAAAGUUAGAAAGUAAUGUAGAAUCUUUGAGACUUAAGUUGAAGCAAGAACUAGAAAGAAAUCAAAAUGUAGUAAAAGAUAGACAUUUUGCUGAGAAGAAUAUUCGGGACAAUAAAGAUAGAGUUCAAGAACUUGAGGAUGUGGUCCAUUCUCUAAAAAAUAAACUUGAAGAAACAAGUAGAAAAAUGAAUUCUUAUGAAGCCAAAGUUGUUUCACAUCAGAAGAAAAUAAAUGGUUUGCGGUCAUUUUAUCAAAAAGCAAAGGCACAAACUAUGAUUCAAAUAAAUAGUUAUAAGGAUAUAUCUGCUGAAAAAGACAAGUUGUCUAUUUUAAUUGAGAGAAAAGAGGAGGAUUUGAAAACUUUAAAUGGAAAACUCGUUAACAUUAUAAAUGAAAAAGAACAGUUGCUACAAAAGCAGUUAACACUUCAGACUCAAAAACAAAAUCUUGAAAGUAGCAAUGAUCAGUUAAAGAAAGAGUUGCUAAAUAAUGAAAAAGAAAUUAUGAAGUUAAAAUUAAAACAAGCUCAGCAUGAUUCAGAAAUGUCUUCCAUGAUCAGAGAGAAAGAAUUAUUAGCCAAUAAUGUUGUGAAAAUGGAAAGUUUGAUGGAAAAGUAUUCUAAUCAGUGUAAAAUAAGUGAAAACGAGCGAAUUAAGCUGCAUCAUGACAUGAAAAAUGCUGAGCAACAAAUUAUCAAACAAAAUAAAAUUAUCAGUACUUUGGAAGGAAUGAAAUCUCAGUUGCUUAGUGAUAUAAAAGAUUUAACAAAAAAGAUUGAGAACCAGAAUAAUGAGUUAUCUUCUCAUGAAGAAAAAGAAGCCUCAUCGCAAUCUUUAAUUACUGAUAUUAAAAAUAAGUUGUCUCAGCAGAUAGAUAUAUCCAGUGGGGCUAUUGCAGAUCGAAAACAUUUCUGUCAACAAUAUAAAGAAAUUAAGGAAAGUAGAGAUCAACUGAAAAUGAAAGUUGAUAUUUUAGACAGCUAUGUGAAUGAACUUAAUGCCUCUCAACAAUCACAUGAAGUGGAGUUAGAGAACUGGAAAAGGAAAUGGAACUCAUUAGAUUUAAAGAACAAAACCCUAACUUCAAAACUAGCACAAGAAGAGUCUAACAAUACUGCUCUAAAAAAUGAGCUUAAACAUUUAGAGGAGCAAAUACGAUCCCUUUUACAUUCUGUUGGAAGUAAGGAAAACGAAAUCUGUGUCCUCCAAUCAAAAUUACUCCAUGCUACAGAAGAGUGCAUGGCAUUAGGUACUCAAAGUCAACAGCUGAAAAAACUAAUUGCCUCCUUGGAGACAAAACUUCAGAUAUCUGAAAAUGCAGUAUUGAGAGAACAAGAACUCUAUUCAACACUAGAAAGUACAACAAAGAUGUUGCAUUUAGAAAUUCUAAGACUCACUGGAGAAAAAAAUACUUUGAUGACGAAAGUGAAUGAUUUACAAAAGCUAAAAGACAGUUUUAUGUACGCAAAAGAGGAGUUACUUAAAGAACGGAAUAAGAAUUCAGCAUUGGAACUGGAAAUACAAAGACCAUUAAAUGUUCAUAGGUGGAGGAUACUUAACGGCAUUGACCCAGAAAAAUAUGAGAUUUUGGAAAAUUAUCAGGUGUCCCAGAAGCAACUUUUAAAAAAGUGUAUUGAGGUCGAGAAAAGGGAUAAGAAAAUAUCUAGUAUGAAUAAACUUGUUACCCAAUUGAAAAAUAUAACAACUAAACAGAAAGAUAUUGAAGAGGAGCAAGUGAAGGUGAUAAACCAAAGCCAAGUUAUUAAAGAAAAAAAUGAUAAAAUAAAGGCUUUAACUUUUGAAAUCAAUAUGAAUGAAACCUAUAUGUCAAGUUACCAAGCUGAAAUAAGUCGACUAAAGGAAGAACUUAGAAAACUGAAAGUAAAACAGUUCUUCAAAGAAAAAAGGAAAAUUUCACCUACUAUAGGAUGAUACUGACAGCCAAGAUUCUAUUGCUUCAAUGAAAUAUUUGAACAUUAAAUUUUUUAGAGCAUAGCAUCUACUAUUUGAUGAAAGAUGUUAUUUUCCUGCUAAUUACAUUAGUAAUUAAACAUUAGGUGUUUAGGAAAAGAAACGUAAAAAAGUUACUUCUUUCAUAUUAGUUAAAAUAAAAUAUAAAGUAGUUAAACAGUCUAAAAAUAUAAUUCAUUAGAAACCAUUAUUUUAAAAUAAUGUAAAAAAAUUAUUUACAAACAUGAAGAAAUCUAGUCCACAUCUAAGCCACUUUCAGGGUCACAGCUUUCACUAAAAUCUAAUUGAGAAGAAAAAAAAAUCUAUGAAGCUGUUAACCUGGGUUCUUAAAAAUACUUAAUUCAUCAAAAAUGAUAAUAUUAAUAAGAUUUUUGGGUAUUUUUAAGAGAUUUUCAAACCAGUUAGCUGAACUUAAUUUAUAAAAAAUUAAUCACAGUAACAAUUAUAAAAAAAGUUUUUUCUAAAUUGAAUCUUUGAAUUGAUAUAUAUAUAUACCUAAACUUCUACUCUGCUGCAUAUAAAGUAUUAGCUCGAUCAUUUUCAAGUAUUAUUUGGAAGAAUCAUUUACAAAGUGUAUAUUACAAUGCAUUAUAUGAAGAAAUGUCCUUAAUGUCAAAAUCUAGUUAUAUUUCAUGCCACUAGAAUGAUUGUUUUAACUUUCAAAGAAAUCUGAUGUUGACUUAUGAACAAUCUAAAUAGAAAAGCAUAUGAUUUCUCAUGAUGGCAAUUUUGUUUAUAAUUACUGUCUUGAGUUCAAUCCUCCAAGUUCUCCCGAUUCCUACCAAGUCUUCAGAAGCAUGUAAAUAGUACACAAGAAAUUUAAGAUUUUAGUUAUUAUUUAUGGAUUGUUCUAGAGGUUUCUAGAACAUUCCCUUAUGUCAUUUCUGUUUCCUUAUUACAGUGUAUAUAAGUUCAAUUAUUUCAAGUGGAAACGGCAAUUACCAUGUUUUUACUCUAGAUGGUUGUUAAUAAAUCUGUUCUACUUGCCA